UACAUAAAAAAAAAAUGACAAGUAGAAGUAAUAAUUCAAAUUGUGAAAAUCAAUCUUGUAAUAUUCCUUUAUCAAAAUAUAUUUUUUUAAAUGACAAUCAAACUAACAGCGGUCUAAUUCAGUGGAUUAAUUCUUUUGAAUUCAUUCGAUUAAAGAAAAAUAUAGCCAGAGAUUUUUCUGAUGCAACUAUGAUUGCUGAAAUAAUGAAAUUUUAUUGGCCAAAAUUAAUUGAGCUUCAUAAUUAUGUUCCAUCUAGUUCAUUAUCUAAUAAAAUUUCUAAUUGGGAAACAUUAAAUAGAAAAGUAUUGAAGAAAGUCAAGUUACCACUUUCUAGAGCAACUAUAGAAAAAUUAUCAACUGCCGACCCAAGAAAUAUUUUUCAGUUUUUAUCAUCUUUAAAAUUUGUAAUUGAAGAACUGGAACGUGAAAAAAAAAUUGAAUUUGAAAAAACCCAAAUUUCCCCACUAUAUAUAAUUGCUAAUGAUGAUAUGAUUCAAGUUUCAGAAACUGAUUUUUGUACUAAAGAAUAUCUUAAUGAAGAAGUUGUACAAUUAAUAUGUAAACUUAAGCAUAAAGUCAAAGAUAUGGAGCAGAAGAUUGAUAAUAUGAGUUCAUUGAUAUGUGCAAAAGAUAUGAAGAUAAACGAUUUACAAUUACAAUUGAACCAGAAGAAAAAGGAUAAUACUAUUUGAAGGUGUCUCAACAAAUGUAUUGUUUUCAAAUAUUUAUUUGAAUCUUUUUUGCAAUCAUAAUCACUAAUAUACAUUAAAAACGUAAACACAUUGGAUAAAAUAAAA